GUUUCCGCCGGUGCUGCUGCGGCCGCUCUGGGCGCCCGGCGGGCGCACGUGGGUACCGGCGGGGCCGGUCGUCGUUGCGGCUCCCGGGCCGGGCAGCCCCGCGGCCGCCGCGCCAUGUUCGCGGAACGGCAGCGGCACGACGGGGCGGAGGGCCCGGGCCGGCCGGGCCCCGCGGCAGCAGCGGGGAAGCGGCGUCGGCGGCCGCCGGGAGACAGCGCGGCCGAGCACGGCAAGCGGCCCGGGAAGCGCAGGCGGGCCGGCGGGCAGCGGGCGGCGGCGGAGGGGCGCCCGGCCGGGCCCGGGGAGCCGCCGCAGAACGGGCAGCGCCGGGACGCAGACGCGUCGGCUGAGCGGCCCCGGCCGAGCGCGGAGCCCCCGGCGCAGGGGACCGGGCAGCCGGCGCGGGGCCCGGGCAGGAGGCAGCGCAGGAGCAAGCGGCGGCCGCAGAACGAGCCCCGGGCGGGACCCGGCGGGGAGCGGGGCGCGGGACCGGAGCUGCCCGGCGCCGACUCGGGCCGGUCGGCGGCGCUGCGGGCGCGGAUGGAGGAGCGGCUGCUGGGCGCCCGGUUCCGCUACAUCAACCAGCAGCUCUACACGUCCAGCAGCCGGGACGCAGCGCGGCUCUUCCAGAGCGACCCCGAGGCCUUCGAGAUCUACCACCGCGGCUUCGCCCGGCAAGUGGGGCGCUGGCCGGAGAACCCCGUGCACCGCAUCAUCCGCUGCCUGCGGCGCCGGCCCGCCUCGCUCGUGGUGGCAGAUUUUGGGUGCGGUGACUGCAAGAUUGCGAGCAGCAUCAAGAACAAGGUUCACUGCUUCGACCUGGUGCCGCUCAGCCCGCUGGUCACCGUCUGCGACAUGGCCAAGGUGCCUUUGGCAGCCGAGUCGGUGGACGUCGCGGUGUUCUGCCUGGCGCUGAUGGGCACCAACCUGCAGGAGAUCCUGGAAGAGGCCAACCGUGUGCUGAAGCCCGGGGGCACGCUGCUGGUGGCUGAGGUGGCCAGCCGCUUUGAGAACAUCCGAACCUUUGUGAGCGCCAUGGCUCAGCUGGGCUUCAAGAGCGUCUCCAAGGAACUGAAGGGCUUCAGCUCGCUCGAUGAUCUUCUGCACGUCAAAGGCAUCACCACCCGCAUCCUGGAGCUGAACAGCCAGCGCAUGACGUGCAGGAGGAGGCCGAGCGGCGAGGAAGCUGCGAGGGCGAGCCCGGCUCCGCAGGACGGCAGCACUGCGGCGCCCCAGGCGGUGGCCGAGCAGGACGCGCCGGGCCCCUGGGAGCCAGAGCGCCCCGGGAAGGGCAGCCCGGGCCCGGGGGGCGAUGGCUCCAGCGGGCGAGGGGCACCGGAGCCCGUCGGCUCCACGGUCUGCGGGGAGCAGGAGCAGCAGGAGGAGGAGGAGGAGGAGGAGGAGGAAGAGGAGAGCUGCUGCAGUGAGGACGGGGAGGACAGCAGCAACGUCUACUUCUAUUACACCAUCGGGGAGCGCUGGAUCGACUACCUGCAGCGCACGGAGGACCGGGGGCUGCUCCGCCACGUGCGGCCCAAGAUGAAGCGCAAGUCGGAGAACGGCCCGGACGGCCGGGCCCUGUCCCCGGGGAAGAAGCUGUGCAAGGGCUCCGAGUACAGCAGGACGCUGGGUCCCUGCACGCCCAGCCCCACCACCACCUUCGGGGACCUGCGCAACGCCAAGGCCGGGCCGGCGCGCCGGCGCCGCAUCCCCGCGGUGCUGCCGCCGCCCGAGCUGCAGGACUGGCUGCGCACCUUCCAGCGGUGGAGCGGCCCGGAGAAGCUGCUGGCUCUGGACGAGCUCAUCGAUCGCUGCGAGCCCUCCCAGAUCAAGUACAUGAUGCAGGUCAUAGAGCCGCAGUUCCAGAGGGAUUUCAUCUCCCUGCUGCCCAAGGAGCUCGCGCUCUACGUGCUGUCGUUCCUGGAGCCGCGGGACCUGCUGCGCGCGGCCCAGACCUGCCGCUACUGGCGCGUCCUGGCCGAGGACAACCUGCUGUGGCGGGAGAAGUGCCGCGAGGAGGGCAUCGAGGAGCCCUUGAACCUGCGGAAGCGGCGCCUGCUGAGCCCCGGGUUCAUGUACAGCCCCUGGAAAUUCGCCUUCAUGCGGCAGCACAAGAUCGACAUGAACUGGCGCAGCGGGGAGCUCAAGGCGCCCAAGGUGCUGAAGGGACACGACGACCACGUCAUCACCUGCCUGCAGUUCUGCGGCAACCGCAUCGUCAGCGGCUCCGACGACAACACGCUCAAGGUGUGGUCAGCGGUCACCGGCGAGUGCGUGCAGACGCUGGUGGGACACACCGGCGGCGUGUGGUCGUCCCAGAUGAGGGACAGCGUCGUCAUCAGCGGCUCCACGGACCGGACGCUCAAAGUGUGGAACGCGGACACGGGCGAGUGCGUGCACACGCUGUACGGGCACACGUCCACGGUGCGCUGCAUGCACCUGCACGGGAACAGGGUCGUGAGCGGCUCCCGGGACGCCACCCUGCGCCUCUGGGACAUCGAGACGGGGCAGUGCCUGCACGUGCUGAUGGGGCACGUGGCCGCCGUGCGCUGCGUGCAGUACGACGGGCACAAGGUGGUGAGCGGCGCCUACGACUACACGGUGAAGGUGUGGGACCCCGAGAGCGAGAGCUGCACGCACACGCUGCAGGGACACACGAACCGCGUCUACUCCCUGCAGUUCGACGGGACGCACAUCGUGAGCGGCUCCCUGGACACGUCGAUCCGCGUGUGGGACGUGGAGAGCGGGAACUGCCUGCACACCCUCAUGGGGCACCAGUCGCUCACCAGCGGCAUGGAGCUGCGGGACAACAUCCUCGUGUCCGGCAACGCCGACUCCACCGUCAAGAUCUGGGACAUCAAGACGGGGCAGUGCCUGCAGACGCUGCAGGGGCCCAGCAAGCACCAGAGCGCCGUGACCUGCCUGCAGUUCAGCUCCAAGUUCGUGGUGACCAGCUCCGACGACGGCACCGUCAAGCUCUGGGACCUCAAGACGGGCGAGUUUGUGCGCAACCUGGUGGCGCUGGAGAGCGGGGGCAGCGGGGGCGUCGUGUGGCGCAUCCGCGCCUCCAACACCAAGCUGGUGUGCGCCGUGGGCAGCCGCAACGGCACGGAGGAGACCAAGCUGCUGGUGCUGGACUUCGAUGUGGACCUGAAGUGAGCCCGGCGGGUCCGGGCCGGGCGCGGGUCCCGUGGGCCGGGCGAGCGGCUGCUCGUGUGGGGCUGGCCCCCCCAGCUGCGCCCCCCGGGCUGUAAAUACCGGUUGCGCCUGUCUGGGCCUUAUUUAUAUACGUGUGGGCUCCCCGCGGGGAGCGCGCCCGGCCGGCGCUGCAGAGCAUGUUUUGUACACUAAUAGAGCGAUUUAUUUCUGUA